CUCGGCUCUAUGGUUUAUUUACCUCUACUGGAUCUACAACUAGUGUCAGUGCUGGUGACAGAUGGUUUUCUCCGCAUGGUCUGAUGCUAUCGUGUUUAUUAUACUCUACUCUACUCUACUCUACUAUACUAUACUAUACUAUAUAGCCUUGACGUUUCGACACACCUGGUUGACUGAUUUGAUUAAAUGGAUGGAUAUGUGGGUUGUGGAUGUAUUGCGAUUCCAUACGUGAAUGAGUGAACGAGUGAGUCGUUGCUCUAUCUAUCAGAUCAGAUCAUGAAACUGUCCGAGUAUGAUAUGGUGGGUGUGAUAUGGAUGGUCUUUCCUAUGGGAUCGGUGGAUUUGAGGUUUUUGAGUGUCGCUUUGCUUCGGGUUGGUUGAGAUUGGUGAUUGAGGAUUGGCUGAGGAUUGAUGAGCUUUUGAUCCUCUCCUUGUCGGACACGCUGCCUUUUUUCUCUGUUCCUUGGGAAUGAUUCUGGUGGACUAUUGAAGUUGAAUGGGGAUACGAUACUACUAACCUAGGUAGGGACUACCGCAGCAUUGCUGAACUGCUAUGAGGGGUAUCUGACUGGGAUAGUCAGGGACUUGGGUUUGGUUUUACUACUGACGUGUGACGAAUUUGGGGAUGGGUGAUGAUGGAUGAUGGAUGAUGGAUGAUGGACGAGGCCCAUUCACAUCAAAAAUGACAUGAUACCUCGAUUCAUCAUCAUCAUCACC